UUCAUUCACUCAUUUUUUGGCCUGUGCGUAGGCGUAGUGUGCCAUAUGAAUGAUAAAUUUAAUUAGGGUUUGAAGAACCUAUGGAGAAAGCGAGAUGUUAGUUUGCUUUCUUCCAAGUUUGCCUCCGCAAAUAAUGUUGAAAUCUGUGGCCAUUGCUUUUAAGUGGUUUGGUUUUAAUUGGUUGGUAGUUUAAUCAGUAUCACACGUAUUUGGCGAGGAUGAGGCUUUUGACACACAACAUGCUGUCCUGUAACAUUAGAGGGGUGACCAAGGGCUAUCCUUUGGAGUUGGAAGUGGAAAGAUUUGUGACAAAAGAGGUUCAAUUUAACCCUGAUUUUUUGAAGCACAUUUUCCCAAAAAUUGAAUGGAAGGCUUUGCAUGAUGCAGCAAGGACGUUGAAUGUAAAUGAUCUCCCGGAACAAGUAGAACCAACGAUGCUAGAUAAUAAUGAUUUUAUGCAGCGUUUUCAUCAUGCUCUUCUUGAGUUGCAUGUAGAAGAAGGGGCCCUUAUUUGUCCAGAGACUGGGAGGAGAUUUCCAGUUACCAAGGGCAUUCCAAACAUGUUGCUUAAUGAAGAUGAGGUGUAAAAGUUUAUUUCAACUAUUCAAUUUUAAUAAGCACGAUAGGUUGAAUUUUGGCAUUA